AUGGAGUUGGGAAAGCACAGGGCACUGUGCCCAGGGAACGUGGAGUUUGAUAGUGGAGAUUUAGAGAAGUUUAACAAAAUGUCGGGCUCCCACUCCCGGAGCAAGAGCCGGAGCCGAAGCCAGAGUCGGAGCCGGAGCAAGAAGGAGAAAAGCAGGAGCCCCAGCAAGGACAAGAGCCGCAGCCGCAGUCGCAGCGUUGGCAAGAGCCGAAGCAAAAGCAAAGACCAAGCUGAAGAGAAGAUCCAAAACAAUGACAAUGCUGGGAAACCUAAGAGCCGGAGUCCUAGCAGGCAUAAAAGUAAGAGCAAAAGUCGGAGCAGGAGUCAGGAGAGGAGAGUGGAGGAGGAGAAGCGAGGGAGUAUGAGCAGGGGCAGGAGCCAGGAGGAGGGCAGGGGCCAGGAGAAGAGCCUCCGCCAGAGCCGGAGCCGGAGCCGGAGCAAAGGGGGUAGCAGGAGCCGGAGUAGGAGCCACAGCAAGAGCAAGGACAAGAGGAAGGGCAGGAAGAGAAGCAGGGAGGAGAGCCGCAGCCGCAGCCGCAGCCGCAGCCGCAGCAAGAGUGAGAGGAGCAGAAAGCGAGGCAGCAAGCGAGACAGCAAGACGGGCAGCAGCAAGAAGAAGAAGAAGGAAGACACUGACCGCUCGCAGUCCAGAUCGCCGUCCCGCUCUGUUUCAAAGGAGCGGGACCAUGCCAAGUCUGAAUCCAGCCAGAGGGAAGGGCCAGAGGGAGGAGUGAGAAUGCUGGCACCAAUCAGGAGACCCGGUCCAGGUCGAGAUCCAUUCCAAAUCGAAGCCAAACCUUCCAUCAGAAUCACGCUCCAGAUCAAAGUCAGCUUCAAAAACCCGAUCUCGGUCCAAGUCUCAAUCCAGGUCUGCUUCCAGAUCACCCUCCCGGUCUAGAUCUAGGUCCCACUCAAGGUCCUAACUGGCUACGACCACAGCUGGAACUACCCAAGGAGUCUUUUGUACAUGUUUGGUAGCCGUAGCACAAGUGAUUGGAGUAGAACAUGUCACUGCUGUACAUUUUUAACUCCCCUAAUGGUGUGUCUAUAAUUGUUAAAUCUAAGUGCUUCCUCUCAGUAAAGCCUCCUGGCGCCAGGCCUUCCUGCUCGACUGAAAAAAAAAAAAAAAAAUUCUCUUUUGAAAAUUCCCUUUUACUCAUGGCCCACAGUAGAAUAUCCAAAACGCCUUGGCUUUCAGGCCUGGCCUUUCCUUCAGGGAGCUCAGUAACCUGGACGGCUCUAAGGCUGGAAUGACCACAUAGGUAGGUAUGGUGAGUUCAACCAUUUUUGCUCUUGAAUUGAUGCCCUUCGAUGUAUGCCAUUUAGUGAAAGUGCUAAGUCUUAAGUUUCCUACCACUUUGGUUUCAUAUUUUGGACUUAACGAAGUUGUGAAUAGCACAGUCGAGGAAAAUUGAUACCUGCAGUAACCCAUAGGAAAUAAACUGUAGAGUUCCAUAUUCUGGUAUUGUGAUUAUAUUGUUUUAUAUUAAAAAAGAAAAGAAAAGAAUUUUUUUUAAUUUUAUUUUUCCCCGUCUUGCAAAGUAUAGUGACCCCUGUUUCCAUUAAAUUUGAAUAAAGACUAUUUUUGCUUGACAAAA